CUGGGUGCGCUUUCAGCCAAUAAGCGUUAACCAUCCUCUGAGCUUGGAGAAGUUAGCAGUCCAUUGCCAGUCUGGUCCGUAGCCACGAUGAGUGCAGUACCAUGCCUUCUGCUGGUCCUCUUGUUCGGGACAAGGCUACAAGAAAAUGACGCCCUCCAGUGUUACUGUGACCGCUGCAGCACCAACUCCAGCUGCACCACAGAUGGUGUCUGCUUUGUGGCUAUCAAGAAGUUGGGUAACCAGCAGAUCUCAGAGCAGCGCCAGUGCAUACAUGACAGCGAACUGAUCCCACGAGACCGGCCCUUCGUCUGUGCCCCGUCUUCUAGAGCUGACACAGACAUUUUUCCUGUGUGCUGUGUUUCUGAUUACUGCAACAAAGAGCCAGAUGUCAAAGUCUUCUCAAAAGAAGAAAAGCCCCAAUCUUUAGGUCCUGUGGCCCUUGCAGCUGUGAUUGCUUGCCCAGUGUGUGUGCUCUGUCUACUGCUGGUUUUGGCAUUCUACAUUUGCCACUACCAAAGAGGUCUUGGCGCCGGAGGGGCAGGGGCCCUCCACCACCGUGUGCCAAAUGAGGAGGACCCAACCAUGGACCACCCCUUUAUCACUGUUGGAACAACCCUUAAAGACCUCAUCUAUGACAUGACCACCUCAGGCUCUGGAUCAGGCCUGCCGCUGCUGGUCCAGAGGACCAUUGCCAGAACCAUUAUCCUCCAGGAGAGCAUUGGGAAGGGGCGUUUUGGCGAGGUGUGGCGGGGUAAAUGGCGCGGUGAGGAGGUUGCAGUGAAGAUCUUUUCGUCCAGAGAAGAACGCUCUUGGUUCCGUGAAGCAGAGAUCUACCAGACUGUGAUGCUGAGACAUGAGAAUAUUCUGGGCUUUAUUGCUGCUGACAACAAAGAUAACGGAACGUGGACUCAGCUCUGGCUUGUUUCAGACUACCAUGAACACGGCUCCCUGUUUGACUACCUGAACCGCUACACGGUCACUGUGGAGGGCAUGAUCAAACUGUCGCUGUCCACUGCCAGCGGCCUGGCCCACCUUCAUAUGGAGAUCGUAGGCACACAAGGAAAGCCAGCAAUUGCGCACAGAGACCUAAAGUCCAAGAACAUUUUGGUAAAGAAGAAUGGGACCUGCUGCAUCGCUGACUUGGGUCUGGCUGUUCGGCACGACUCUGCUACUGACACCAUCGACAUUGCGCCAAACCACAGAGUGGGAACCAAAAGGUACAUGGCUCCAGAGGUGCUGGAUGACUCCAUAAACAUGAAGCACUUCGAGUCGUUUAAGCGAGCUGAUAUCUAUGCCAUGGGCCUGGUCUUCUGGGAGAUCGCCAGCCGCUGCUCUGUGGGAGGCAUUCAUGAGGACUACCAGCUGCCCUACUAUGACCUCGUCCAGUCAGAUCCAUCAGUGGAGGAAAUGAGGAAGGUGGUCUGCGAGCAGAAACUUCGACCAAAUAUUCCCAACCGCUGGCAAAGCUGUGAGGCUUUGAGGGUGAUGGCUAAGAUCAUGAGGGAGUGCUGGUAUGCAAAUGGCGCAGCUCGACUCACCGCUCUCCGGAUCAAGAAAACGUUGUCUCAGCUCAGUCAACAGGAGGGAAUCAAGAUGUAGACCCAACUCCCAAACACACACACAUGCACACCUCUUGACUGGAAUCCAUACCAUUAGCAUUACACCAUCUAUGUCAGCAUGAGUCUUCAUCCCAUCUCCCUCAACCUUUGUUCCGAAAGGGAGUUUAAGACAUUUUUAUCCCGUUUUCUGGUUUAAUUCACCGACUGAGGAAUCUGGUAUCAUGCUUGUGUGCUGCACUGAUGUCUGGAUGGAUCGAUCUGCUGAAGCAUGUUUGUGCCUGAAGGGGAUGAUGGAGGUGUUUAAGGAAGCUUCUUGUCAUUGAUCUUUCUUUUUUAACAUCGUCUUCAUCAUCACCUCUUUCAUUUUGUAAAUGUUCAUGUACACAAUUUAUCUCUGAGCAAAACAAUGCUUUUCAGUAGGGCUGCAAGUUUGGGAUUUUUAUAAUGAAAUGAAAUCCUUAUGAAGUCCUCUUUUUAGGGAAAGAACUGGCAGUUGUGUAGGUAGCAGUGAAUGUCCUUUUUAUUGUGAAGUUGACCCCGUGUUAGAUCUUUGUUAUAGCAAACUACCCAUGAAGCCUGAACUGUCAUCAACCUGUAAGGGAUGUAACUCUCAGAUUAAACUCAUAAAACAACA